AUGUUUGGGAGCCUCUCGCAUUCAACUCGCAUUCGUCCUCGAGUUCGUGUGGAAGCCAUUCAGAGCGGAGGUGGCCAGGAGCGUUGCAUUCGAAGUGGAACCGUUCCGACUCCACUGGUCGUUGGAUUGGGGGAAGCCUGUGAAAUCGCUAGCCGUGAAAUGGAGUACGAUCACAAAUGGAUGGAGUUCCUCUCGAAACGCCUGAUGGACCAAAUCUUCGCAUCGCUACCGAAAGUCAUCCGCAAUGGCGAUCCAGUUCAUUCUUAUCCCGGAUGUAUCAAUCUGUCGUUUGCAUACGUUGAGGGUGAAUCGCUGUUGAUGGCGCUGAAAGACGUUGCCCUCUCGAGUGGGUCGGCUUGCACUUCGGCUUCGCUGGAAGACAUCAACCUAGAAGAGAAAAAGUUAGAUUUUACAGCAAAACACAAAGCAAGUCAAAUCUAA